AUGUACAACACCCUCUUAACUCAUACCAACGGUAUAAUCUACUUAGCUAUUCGCAUUAUAUAAAGACAUUUUGCAACUCAAAAAUUUCAAUUCGUGUUUUCGUGAGUUUUGUGAUUGUUUACUUUACUCUUUGUUUCAUUAAAACAAUAUUCAACAUGCAUAUGAAAAUCGCCAUUAUCUCUGCCUUAAUCGCAGUCGCCGUCGCUGCUCCAGCACAACUCUCAAACUCAGCAUCCAAUAAUUUCAUCCCGAUCGUUGCCUUUGUUCAAGAUCAAAACCCAGACGGUUCCUACUCCUACAAAUACGAAACCGGAAACGGUAUCGCUGUCCAAGCCCAAGCUGCCUUCCCAGUUCAAGGUGAUGGACCAGCUCCAGCUGAACAAGGCUCGUACGCUUACACCGGACCCGAUGGUGUCCAAUAUGCCGUAAGCUACGUUGCUGACAGCAAUGGAUUCCAAGCCCAAGGUGCUCAUUUGCCAACUCCUCCCCCAAUGCCAGAAGAAUUAGCCAGAGCUUUCGCUGCUGCUCCUCAAGAUGAAGGUUUAUACGACGAAAGAGGAUUCCUCAUUGUCCAAAAGAGCAUCGUCCCUGGUAAAGCUCAGUGAAACUAGACUAUCAUCGAUUCAACUCUCAGGUGUAAAUGUUUCCAGAAAAUUCUUCAAAAACAAUAGAAUGUUACCACUUGAUAAAUUAUUGAUUGAUUAAAUCCCACUCUGAAAUAUUGUUAACAUUUUUUAAAUGAACUUGGUUGUAUUUUCAAACACGUGUUGUGUCAAACUACUUAAUUUAUUAAAAUAAAUAAAUAAAUUUUCCAUCAUAAUAUUA